AUGAAAUAUUUACUCACUGAGACUCGAGUGGAAGUAAAUGAGAGAAAUGGACAUGGUCUCACAGCCUUGGAUAUCUUAACACUUUGUCCAAGUGAAUCUGGAGAUAUGGAAAUGGACGGUGAAAUCCUCCGACGAAAGGGAGGUAAAAGAAGUUGGGAAAUGUCCCCAACACGUGGAAGUCAUCAGUUUCCUGAGCCUUCACUGCCACCUCAACGAAGCAACUCGCAGAGGUUCCAUGAGAAGGAUGUGACUACAACUGAUGAACUGCGGGCUGCAGUCAUGGUGGUAGCCGUACUAAUUGCCAUGGUGACCUUUCAAGCAGGACUAAGCCCUCCUGGUGGUAUGUGGCAGGACGAUUUGAACGCAGACUCUGGAAACAUCACCUCAAAUGCAGUGAAUCACACCGCCGGUUUGUCGAUUCUCGAUGAGAAGCGACCCCAAGCUACUGCUGUGUUCUUGUACUUCAACACACUAGCAUUUACAGCGUCAAUGGGGGUGAUCGGAUCCAGCCUCGGCCAAGGACCAUUCCCAUGGACUCUGGUUUUGAGGACUAACUUCUUCGUCGCUAUCCUUUCAGUUCAAGCAACAUAUUAUGCUGGCAGCUACCAACUAUAUAGCAGUUCAGGUAGUUUUUUCGCAGAGUCAUUUGGUUGGAUCACUGCUGGUAUUGCUCCAAUUGUUAUCGCAGGAGCAUACAAGCUGAUCAGAUGGCUCAAGGUGGUGGGUGAAGGACCUGUAACUAAUCAGAGCCCACCUGUGGAUGUUGAGAUGGAGGCUAGGCAAUAA